GAGAGAGAGAGAGAGAGAGAUGGAGAGAGAGAGAGAGAGAUAGAGAUGGAGAGAGAGCGCAGAGAGAAUAGAGAAAGAGACAGAGAGAGAGAGAAAGAGAGAGAGAGACAG